CCCGAAUCAGCCAAUCAGCUUCUGCCAUGUUGGGACACUGCAGCCAAUCAGAGCGCUCAGCCGGCAGAGAAACUUGCAUGUCCCCGGAAAAGUGUAGAACAAUGCAGCGGGUAGGAGCGGGUACCAUCCUCCGUGUCACUGUGGCUGAAUUAAAAACUUUUAGCGGAGGUUUCCUCCGGUUACAGACUGUCUGUGAGGGUAGCUAACAACACCGGGUGAGCCGUGAGCUUCCCUGCCCACUAUCACGGCGUGAAACCGUGUAGAGCGUGGGAGUGACACCCGGCUGAAUUCCCCGUUAAAAACAAAAACAAAUCCCUCCGCUUGUGUCUCGCGCACCUCCACCUCCAGCAGCAGCAGCAGUCGUGGCCAAAUUAAACCCCCUCUCUUCCUCCUCCUCUCCUCCUCCUCCUCCUGUUGUCAAACCGUUUUGCAUACCGACUUCCGCCCCGCUCGGCUCUCCCUCCCCUCCGUCUGCAUCGGCCGGCGAGCAGCUGAUAUGACAGCAGGACACAGUAUCACACCGCGCCGCGAGAAGCUGACUUAAAAACUUCAUUUGGGAAGUAGGCGGAUGUCGUGUGCGGUCGAUGUAGGUCGGGGACGGAUCGGGCGACACGGAGGACGGGGACGCGAGUGGGUUUUUUGAUGCGAUGGGAUUUGCUACUUCGGCGUGAAGAGGCGGACCUAUGAGACACUGCGAGUUCAAUAUGCUGAAGCUGUCCCCGGUGUUUGUGUACUGUACGUGGAAGUACAGAGACUGUUUGCCUCCAACUCACAGGCCCACGUAAGGAUUUAACACAGCACUAUAUUUUUAUUAUUUCAGCGCACGGAUACGCACCGCAAAAAACCUCUACUACCAUUUUUGUGUUUGUUUUGGAGCGGGGGUUCCUCCACAGAGGCUGCAUGUGCUCUGCUCAUCCUCUGUGUCCGGGAUUUUAUUUCUAUUUCUGCUAAAAUAUAUUUGUUAAAUAAAUAAAUCAGACAUGGGGGACUGGCAUGUCGUAGCUGGCAGCAGCAGUCACCCCUCUGACACAGACAGUAAACCCAUUAGAGUCUUUUUUUGAAGGGGCUCUUAUUUCAAAGUUGUCCCACGAUGAACUAUUAUUUUGCAGGUAUUUUAUUUUUAUUUUUUAUGCGUUAGCUGGUAGGGUUUUUAUUUAACUUCACGUUUUUUUGUUUUUUUUUAAAAAAAAAGACUGGUAUUUUUUUUUAUUUAUUUUUGGCUCAACCUGAUUUUUUUUUUUUUUUUUUUUUUAAUCUCGGGAUUGCCCCAGUCAUCCCCACGGAUACGAAGCUUUUUUUUUUUUUUUUGCACCCCUCCUCCAGCCUCAUUUUUCCACCAUGAGUUACAUCCACAAGGUAUUGAAUGUAUUGCUACGUGGACUCGUCAUCUAUGCGGUACUGAGCUCGGAGUGCACUUACUCGAAUGAUCUACCCAGCCAGUCGUCUGAUGCUGCAAACGUAGCCACCACAGACCCCUGUCUCAUAGUGAUGCCGCCAUGCAUGGGCGACGCCGACCGCUUCAGUCUGGAGGCGCUGCGGCACAUCCACAAACAGCUGGAUGAUGACAAUGACGGGGGAAUAGAGGUCAACGAGAGCGUGGAGUUUAUAAUAGAAGACAUGAAGCAGCAGCAAACCAACAAACACAGCAACCUGCACCGUGAAGACCAGCACAUCACUGUGGAGGAGCUGUGGAAGGGCUGGAAGACCUCUGAAGUCCACAACUGGACCGUGGAGGACUCAGUGCAGUGGCUGAAGGAGUCGGUGGAGCUGCCGCAGUACGAGAAGAACUUCCGGGACUUCCGGGUCACGGGGAACACUUUACCUCGAAUAGCGGCAAAUGAACCGUCGUUUAUGUCGAUGCAGCUGAAGAUAUUAGACCAGCGGCAUAAACAAAAACUAAACCUAAAGGCACUCGACGCAGUGCUUUUUGGCCCUCCUCUCCGUCCACAACAUAACUGGAUGAAGGACUUUGUCCUUAUGGUUUCCAUAGUGAUCGGCGUCGGGGGCUGCUGGUUUGCUUAUGUGCAGAACAAGUCCAGCAAGGUGCACAUCUCCAAGAUGAUGAAGGAUCUGGAGAGUCUGCAGAAUGCUGAGCAAAGCCUCUUAGACCUGCAGAGUCGGCUGGAAAAAGCUCAGGAGGAGAACCGGACGGUGGCCGUGGAGAAGCAGAACCUCGAGCAGAAAAUGCGGGACGAGAUCAACGGAGCCAAAACGGAGGCUCACAGACUUCGAGAGCUGCGAGAGGGCGCCGAAUGUGAACUCAGCCGCCUCAAAUACGCCGAAGAAGAGCUGGUACAGGUGCGGAAGGCCCUGAAGCGAGCGGAGAAGGAGAUGCAGUCGGAGCGGUCGGUGCCUGAAGCUCUGCAGAAGUGGCUCCAGCUCACACACGAGGUGGAGGUUCAGUACUACAACAUCAAGAAACAGAGCGCUGAGUUUCAGCUGUGCGUCGCCAAAGACGAGGCAGAGAAAAUAAAGAAGAAAAGAGGUUCAGUGUUUGGAACACUUCAUGUCGCCCACAGCUCCUCACUGGACGAGGUGGACCACAAGAUACUAGAAGCAAAGAAAGCCCUGUCAGAGGUGACGGCGUGCCUGAGGGAGCGGCUGCACCGCUGGCAGCAGAUUGAGAAGCUUUGCAACUUCCCUGUAGUUAAUAACUCGGGGCUGCCGAGCCUGACGGCCAGCCUCUACUCAGACCACAGCUGGGUGGUCAUGCCGCGAGUCUCGGUGCCUCCCUAUCCCAUCGCAGGAGGAGUGGACGACCUGGACGAGGACACGCCUCCCAUCAUUCCGCAGUUCACAACGAGCACGAUGAUCCGGCCCUCGCUGACCCGCAGCAGCAGCCUGUGUCGUUCCCGCAGGAGCCUGAUGAGCUCUCCGCAGUCCUCGCUGAUGUCUCCAGACCCCGACCUGCUGUCCAUGGCCAGCUCGUCCCUCUCCUAUCGCCCCGAGGCAGACGACGAACAUAUCAUGUUCAGCUCGGAUAGGAGGGGGUAUGUAGCGGUGGCCGGAACGCCGCGGAAUGGUUUUACAGUUUGGACUCACAGGGAACCGGCUCAGGAGUGCAGCUCCGACACAGACUCUCUCAACUCUUCCAUGGGCCGCAAGCAGCUGCACAACCCCUGCACACCAGGCUCGGACACCCCGUACCGCAAGAUCUCCCGCGAGGAGCUGCUGCUGUUCAGCCAGAAUCCAGAGCUUCCCUCGUCCACCCCCGCCACCUCCACCACCCACACCACCAGCAGCAGCAGCAGCAGCAGUCUCAGGGACUCCACGCCUCCUCCUCUGCCGCCCACUCCGGCCACCACCCCCUCCGGCCCGCCCUCCACCUCACCGUCCCCGGCUUUGGAGCACCACCCGUUUGCACACAGAGGCUCGCCUGACCUCACCCGCAUCAUACCCGAGUCCCAAAGUGCAACCUUCUCGCAGGGCAACGCCACCUCUCCGACAGGCAAGGGCGUGUACAACGGCAUCCUGGAGAAGUCCUACAGCUUCAGCCAGCUGCCCGCGAGCAUGCUGCCCAACGUGGGGCGUUACCCGUCUCUUACCUCCCUGGACUCGGAGGGCCGGAGCGUGGGGAGGGAACACAAGCUCCUGAGCACCUCCUCCCAGGACUCCAGCGACAAUGGAGAGAAAAUCAAGCGCUCCUCCUCUAAAAUCAAAAGCUUAUUUAAGAAGAAAAAAUAAAACUUGCAGAGUGAGAUAGUGUGUGAGCAAGAGAAAUAAAAUAAAGAGUUGUUUUAGCCCUAAUACUAAAAAAAAAGGACAUCACUGAAAGCUAAAAUAUUUCAUUAUCUCUCAUUAUUUCUUCUUUUGGUCAUCAAAGAUGGAAUGUAGCUCAGUCUGGGUGCCUUUAAACGCCUCGGACUGGUAGCCUUAUUUUUCAAUAAUGCCUUUUUAUUUAGUUCACUCAUAGCCUCACAGGGAAACCUGCACAUGUCAAGGAAAAGUCAAUAAAAGGUCAGAGGUCAUGAUAGGUCAUCCACUUAGCCAGAACACAUGACCUGUUCACAGUCUUCUGUUCAUUUUGGUUCGAACCAAAAAGUCACCAUGUGUAAAGGUCUAAAGGUGCAGUCCAUAAAUGUGUACAUGUAGUACAGAAUAAUGUUUGCUGUUUGCACUGGAAGUAUUGAAAUCACACUUUCAGUAGUGACAGUAUCACCACACAAAAAACAGCUUGUACGAUUUUUUUUAAAGGAACACUUCACCCUCAAAUGAUAAUUUGUGUGUCAGUUACUCAGCCUGUGUUACGUUGAAUUUGUGAAGAAACCUUUUGU